AUGUCUACUAACAGUAUUAAAUUGUUAGCUGGUAACUCACAUCCCGGAUUGGCUGAGCUUAUUUCGCAAAGAUUAGGCGUACCGUUAUCUAAAGUGGGAGUAUAUCAAUAUUCAAGUAAAGAGACAUCUGUUACUAUAGGGGAAAGUAUUCGUGAUGAGGAUGUGUAUAUUAUUCAAACGGGUUACGGAGAACAAGAAAUUAACGAUUUCUUAAUGGAGCUAUUUAUCCUAAUUCAUGCCUGUAAGACGGCAUCAGUCAGAAGAAUUACAGCAGUCAUACCAAAUUUUCCUUACGCAAGACAAGAUAAAAAAGACAAAUCCCGGGCACCAAUCACUGCAAAGCUGAUUGCCAAUCUUUUAGAAACUGCGGGAUGUGAUCAUGUCAUUACUAUGGAUCUCCAUGCUUCUCAAAUCCAAGGGUUUUUCCAUAUCCCUGUUGAUAAUUUAUUCGGUGAGCCAAGUGUGCUAAAUUAUAUAAAGACCAAAACAGAUUUUAAUAAUGCAAUACUGGUAUCGCCAGAUGCUGGUGGUGCAAAAAGAGUGGCAUCUUUAGCGGAUAAACUAGAUAUGAAUUUCGCCUUGAUUCAUAAGGAGAGACAAAAGGCCAAUGAAGUUUCGCGAAUGCUGCUUGUUGGUGAUGUUGGCGGCAAAUCAUGUUUGUUAAUUGAUGAUAUGGCUGACACUUGUGGUACUUUAGUGAAAGCCUGUGAUACAUUAAUGGACCACGGUGCUAAAGAAGUUAUUGCUAUUGUAACACACGGUAUAUUUUCUGGCUCAGCUAGGGAGAGGCUGAUAAACAGUAGGUUAUCAAGAAUUGUCUGCACCAAUACAGUACCUGUUGAUUUGGAUUUAGAUAUCGUUGAUCAAGUCGAUAUCAGCCCAACGAUCGCAGAAGCUAUCAGGAGGUUGCAUAAUGGAGAAUCAGUCUCAUAUUUAUUUACACAUGCGCCUGUUUAA